CCUUGAUCCUGUCCCCAGUCAUCCAUACCCAACCUCACCUUCACAGCCUGUCGAUGAUGACUGCGGAUCUCUCAUCGACGGCAGUAUCUUCCUCUCAGGAGUCCGCCACGCAGGCAGUGACUGCCUACGUCACUGCCCAGGCCUUUCCGCCUGGCUCCCUGCCUCCCCCACUCGCAGCCGCCUUUCGCUCUCGCAGUCUGACACUACUGCAGCUGAUAAGAAUCCUGGGCGAGUAUCUCACAUCAGAAGACGAGCUGAUCAGGUCAAGAGGGGUAGAGCUCUUGGCGCAGACUGUCUUGGACCUAGCGCCAGGAGGGACAGACGAGAAUGGUGCUUCCGCAGAAGCGGACGCAUUGCCCUCCCUCUUUGAUCGUCAGGCGGUAAAGACAUUGGCAGGCUUCUUCGCCGACAAGCUCGAAGAUGGUUCCAAUGUAUCUGCUUCCAUCGCCAAAUCGACGAACUCGGCAGACAAGGUCGUCCCCGGAUCUGCUCCCAGCUACAGGUUCAAAGCCAUCCCAGAAGGGACCGAGAUGCUGGCAUGUACUCUCAAAGCUCUGACAAGACUGGCCAAGCUUCCAGGCUUUGGCAGUCAAGAGACCAGAGCAGUUGCCGAAAGCCUCGUUUCCCAUGUGACACCUCGAGACCACCCCCAGGCCGUACGCUUCCUCGUAUACGCACUCCUCGAUGCUCUACUUUCGACACAUAGAUCAGCGCUCAAGUCGAUGGGCAAGCCUUUCCUCAAGGGCUAUGUGGGAUUGGCAGAAGGAGAAAAAGACCCUAGAAACUUGAUGUACCUCUUCACCAUGAAUCGAGUCAUCCUCAUCGAAUGGGAAUUGGAUGAGGAGCUGGCAGAGGACUUCUUCGACAUCACAUAUUGUUACUUCCCCAUCACAUUCAAACCCCCGCCGGAUGACCCAUAUGGGAUCACUACAGAAGACCUCAAAGGCUCUCUCCGGUCAUGUCUCAUCGCCAACCCACUAUUGGCCCCACAUGCGAUGCCGCUACUAUUGGAGAAGUUGGCAGCAAGCGGCGGAAAUACUAAGCGCGAUACCCUCCACACUCUGGAAUUGGCAAUGCCCGUUUUCGGAAAGGCGGCGAUCAUGGCGAACGAGAAGAAGUUAUGGGAAGGAUUCAAGGUCGAGAUAAUGGCUGCCACAGAUGACGAGACUGCUGUAUUCGCUCAGCGGGCAUUGUCCAGCUUCCUUCGCACCCUCUACCACGACGUAGAUCCCGCCGCAGGCAUCGCAGCUCGCAUUGUAGCAGACGCGCAGUCUGAGUUAGAAGAGCCAGAGAAGUCGCUAGCCAAGCCCGCAUGCGACUUGCUCGUCUCGAUGGUCAAGGCCUGCCCCUCGACGGCAGCGCUCGCCGUAUACGCCCUCCUGGACCAGAUGCUGACAAUGUUCAAGGAUCCAGAAGUGAUCAGCAUCCGUGCGCCGAUACUUGGUCAUAUUGCUACCAUUCUCAAGGCCUUGAGAGAUGUUUAUACUACCGAAGAGGCCGAGGAAGAGGCCUCAAAGGGCACCACCAAUUACAAGUUUGCCGCCCCCUCUUCCGCUACCACCACCGAGUCAGCUGCUGAUGCUGCAAACCAGGCAGCAGACGGCGGACCUUCGGCAUCUCAAGAUGUGGACAUGUCGCCCGCACGUACAUACGACGGAGAUGGACGGCCUCUUGACAGUAUGCGCGAUGAGCUACUUGCAGCUCUUUCAAAUGGCCUGCGAUCGCACUCGUACCGCUCAAGCGCUCUGCUCGCCUUCGUGCAUCUGACUCAUAUCCCGACCUUUCUUAGUGCGGCGGAGACCAACUACAUGGCAGAAGCAGUCAACGACCUCAUCCUCUCGCCCUCUGCUGAGGACAUCCGAGGAGCCGCUCUAGAUGGACUAAGAGAUAUUGCUAGGGUGAAUCCCAAGGUUCUGGAGGAGACUACCCUACCUAUCCUCUUCUCGCGCUUGCCCGAUCGGAUACCGCCGGCGCCCACAGCGGGCCCGCCUGGUUCCGGCGACGUGAGAGGAGUCAUUCGAAGGGCCCUAGGAGCUCUGGCUCGGCUGUGUGCUCAGCCGGAUCUGUUCGACAUGCUGAUUGUCAAGCUCUUCACAAAGCUGGACUUGACAUGCGCGACUAGCUUCACAGCUACAGAAGAGAGGGAGUCGAACAUCGGAUACGCGAGAGGGAUCCUGGUGACGGUCUUAACAGUCCUAGAGGAGAAGGUCGCGAAGGGCCACGGAGAUGUGCCCCGCUACGGCGUUACACUCUGCCCGAGGCUCUUUGCCCUGGUCUUGGCUGCUGCAAGUGGCGAGGGUGAAGGAGAGCGCAUCGCUCCCGUAGCAGCGGAUGAUCGAGUGUUGAGAGACAUUGGCAGAUUGAUGACUGUCCUCGUGAGGAGUCUGGCAGCCGACAAGCAAGCUAAGCUGGCCAAGUGGAUGUGCUCUGCCUUUCUGGACGGCAGCAACUCCUCCACUGGGCAGAGCACCUUUGCCUCUCGCACUGCAGACGGCUCUUCACUCCCCAUGCAGCCGCUCAACCCUUCGUCGCCGAAGGGUCAGCGGGACGCAAUGUCUGUGUUUGCAGCUGCUUUCGUCACUCUCAAGAAGGAAGUCGGCCUGCCGACCUCUGUGGACAUUGGUACCUGGCUGCAGCAGCUACUUGCCUUCACCGUCAACGCUUCGAGUACACUCCAGGCUGAAGCCGGGUAUACUUUACUGGCUGCAAGUGUCAACAAGUACGUUACCGAGCCGCUUGCAAGUGAAGUGAAGGAUUUGCUCGAGACAUUCUGGGAAGAGGAAGUGGCAGGAAGCAGCACAGAAGGCGCUACAAGCCCGGCAAGAAGCUCUCGAGCUAUCCGAGCGUGGUUCUGGGUUGCAAAAGCACUCGUGGUACGCAACAGCCCUCAAGGGCAAAUCAUGAUUGAGAAGGCACGAUCAAGUCUGUUCUCGUCACCCCGCACAGGUAAAGAGGCCGCUCGGGCAAUUGGCCUGGUGGCUCAGGCAGAGGAUGGCAUUCUUUCAAAGGACAAUGGCGCUACCAUCCGACUGCUCUACCGCCAGAAGUUCUUUGCCUACCUUUUGCCCCGCAUCAUCGAAGGGUACAGGUCUGCGUCGCCUCCAGGCGGACAGGCGGACGAAGAGGGUCAGUCAAUCUACCUCAUUGCCCUCGCAUCGAUCCUACCUUCGAUGCCACGGCAAAUCACCACUGAGCGUCUAGAUGAGAUUUUCCCCCUGUUGAUCCGAGCUCUCGAUUUGCCCGACUCGCAGGCAAGAUGGAGCGCGGCUACGACUUUGACUUUGGCUGCUGCUCUCGGGAAGAAGGAGAGGGACGAAGAGAUCCGAAGUGGCUCUACUCGUUCAGAUGGUCAAGGGAAGAGGGGUGGCUCAUCACUCGACUUGGUGCAAGACCACCUCUCUACCCUCGUGAGCCGUCUUCUCUCCAUCUCUCAACCAAGCAAAGACUCUCCUGCAGAGGUGAGGAUCGCCUCGCUGCGCUGCCUCAGCACCAUCGGUCGUUGUGUAGCGGAGAGUCUGCUGCAAAAUCAGGCUGGCAAGGUGCUCAAGGGGCUGAAUGGACCUGGAUGGGGCGUGGAUGACCCAAAGAGAGCGGUGAGGAUGGAAGGCGUAGAUUGUAAAGCGGUGUGGCACGCAAUCAGCUGAAUAGAUGGAAGGGAAAUGGCGUAGUGUGAGCAAGACAAUAGAUAGCAAUGCGUAUUUCCUUGACCUCGAC